GACUUCUCUACAGAAAGAAAGAAACAAAUUAAAAAGACAACACAAAAACCCACUUUCCCUCCGAGAAAAAAGCACUAAAAAUAGCAAGGGAAGACACGUACACCACAGCAUGUCGCUUUCUUCGCUAAUGACAACGUUGGCAAACCCAUAACCAUAAUCUUUGAUCUCUCUGCAUGAAACAGAAACUGCUGUCACAUUAACUAACAACACCUCAACAACAUGCAACAACGCCACCAUCACCUCUCUCCCUUCCUUUUAACCCUAAAAACAACAUGCACUUCUCUCCUCACCCUCUCUCAACGUAAGUCAUAUUACUAUUCUGACCCCCAUCACCACCCUGACCCGUCGGCAUGGGUCAUCACACCCGCCGCGAGUCCUACCCCUCCGCCACCUCCUCCCGCCUGGACUAUAACCUUCUCAGCCAGCGCCGCCUCGAUGCCGCCUCCACGGUCUCGCUCUCGUGGCCAUUCGGGAAGCUCGACGGCCUCGACGCCGACCACGUCAGGGAGACUGCCUACGAGAUAUUCUUCACGUCGUGCAGGUCCUCCCCCGGCUUCGGGGGCCGCCACGCCCUCACGUUUUAUUCGAACCACGAGAACAAUAAUGGUGGCGGCGGCGAGGGAGGGAAGCAGAACCAGGUGGUGACGAAGCCGAUGAGCAGGGUGAAGAAGAUGUUGGGGUUGAAGAUGUUGAAGAGGAGUCCUUCCAGGAGAAUGGCCACCACUGGUGGCUCCUCCACGCCCUCCUCUCCCGUCGGUGCGCCCGGCAUCCCGGUGUCUCACACCGUGCCGCCGUUUAGGCCGCGGCGGCCCAUGACCGCGGCGGAGAUCAUGAGGCAGCAGAUGAGGGUCACGGAGCAUGAUGAUAAUAGGUUAAGGAAAACCCUCUUGAGGACCCUCGUUGGCCAAAUGGGAAGGCGAGCAGAAACUAUUAUCCUCCCCUUGGAACUGAUACGCCACCUAAAGCCCUCAGAAUUCAGUGAUUCCCAUGAGUACCACGUGUGGCAAAAGCGACAACUAAAAGUCCUUGAAGCAGGGCUCCUCCUCUACCCAUCAAUCCCUCUAGAAAAGACCAACACAUUUGCCACGCGCCUCAGGGACAUCAUAUAUAGUGGGGAGUCCAAACCUAUUGACACCGGCAAAAACGCAGACACAAUUAGAAGCCUUUGCAAUUCUGUGGUUUCCUUGUCAUGGAGAAGCCACAAUGGCACUCCCACUGAUGUUUGCCACUGGGCUGAUGGAUUCCCUUUCAACGUUCACCUCUACACAUCUCUUCUUCAAUCAAUUUUUGAUGUCAGGGAUGAAACACUAGUGCUAGAUGAGGUUGACGAGCUACUUGAGCUGAUAAAGAAAACAUGGUCUACACUGGGAAUCACCUUGCCAAUUCACAAUGCGUGCUUCACUUGGGUUCUGUUUAAGCAAUAUGUUAGCACCGGCCAGAUAGAACCUGACCUUCUUUGUGCCUCACAUGCCAUGUUGAAUGAGGUGGAAAUCGAUGCUAAGAGAGUAAAAGAUUCUUUGUAUGUUAAGAUGCUGUCAUCAGUGCUGAGCUCAAUGCAGGGUUGGGCAGAGAAGAGGUUGCUUAAUUACCAUGACUAUUUCCAAAGAGGGAAUGCCGGUCAAAUCGAAAACCUUCUUCCUGUGUUGCUGACAGUCUCAAAAAUUUUAGAUGAAGAUCUGACACUCACAGACGGAGAAAGGGGAGAGCAAGGAGGCAUAACCGUAGUGGAUUCAUCAAGUGACCGAGUUGAUAGUUAUAUUCGUUCUUCGAUGAAAAAUGCAUUUGAUAAGGUAUUGGAGACAGUGAAUGCCAAUUCUGCUGAAUUUGAAAGAAGGAAAGAAUUGAGUGAAGUUCUUCUCCAACUGGCUCAGGAGACUGAAGCCUUGAUAAUGAAGGAAAGACAUCAUUUUAGUCCAAUUCUAAAGAAAUGGCAUUCAACAGCAGGUGCAGUUGCGGCAAUGGUGCUGCAUACAUGCUUUGGUAAAAUGCUGAAGCAGUACGUAAGUGAAGUGACUUCACUGACAACUGAGUCAGUUCAGGUGUUGCAGAAGGCUGGAAAGCUAGAAAAGGUAAUGGUCCAAGUGAUGGUUGAAGACUCUAGUGAGUGUGAGGAUGGUGGCAAAAACGUAAUUAGAGAGAUGGCUCCCUAUGAUGUUGAUUCAGUCAUAUUGAGUCUUCUGGGAAAAUGGAUAGAUGAAUCAUUGCACAAAGGCAAACAGUGUUUGCAGAGGGCAAAAGAAACUGAAACAUGGAAUCCAAAGUCCAAAUCAGAGUCACAUGCACAAUCAGCUGCGGAGCUAAUGAAAUUGGCCGCGAUAACUGUGGAAGAAUUCUUCCAAGUUCCAAUAGUCAUUACAGAAGAUUUAGUUCAAGAUCUGGCUGAUGGAUUGGAAAACCUCUUCCAGGACUACAUGAAGUUUGUUGCUUCAUGUGGUUCAAAACAAAGUUACAUUCCCAUGCUUCCCCCACUUACCAGAUGCAACAGUGAUUCAAGAUUCACGAAGCUGUGGAAGAGAGCUGCUCCAUGCAAUGCUGGUUUUGAUGCUCAUAUACAACACAUUAAUGGAAGGCACGAAGGUCAUAAUCCUCGGCCAUCAACUAGCCGUGGAACUCAACGCCUCUACGUUCGUCUCAACACCUUGCACUAUCUUCUUACACAAAUUCAUUCUCUUGAGAAAACACUCUCUAUGAACUCCGGAGUUGUUCCUUCAAACCGCCUUCGAUUUGCAAGCAACCGCAAGAGUUGUUGUUCAUACUUUGAAACAGUGAACUUGUCCCUUCUAGGAGCCUGCCAACACGUCUCAGAAGUUGCUGCAUACCGUCUUAUAUUUCAUGACUCAGGCUCUGUGUUGUAUGAUAGCCUCUAUGCUGGUGGUGUGGGUAGAGGUCAGAUAAGAGCUGCAUUGAGAAUCCUCAAGCAGAACCUCACACUAAUGACUACAACUCUCACAGAUAGAGCUCAACCAUUGGCAUUGAAGGAAGUGAUGAAGGCCUCAUAUGAUAUAUUCCUUAUGGUUUUGCUUGCUGGAGGAAGCUCACGGGUGUUUCACCGGUAUGACCAUGAGAUCAUCCGAGAGGACUUCAAGAAUUUGAAGAGAGUUUUCAGCAACAGUGUGGAAGGGUUGAUAGCAGAGAAUGUGGUGGAUGGAGAGGCUGCAGUGGUGGAGGGAGUGAUUGCAUUGAUGGGCCAAAGUAGUGAACAAUUGAUAGAAGAUUUCAGCAUUAUGAGCUGUGAGUCAAGUGGGAUAGGUUUGAUGAGUAAUGGACACACGUUGCCAAUGCCUCCUACUACAGGAAAGUGGCACAGAUCAGACCCCAACACAAUAUUGAGGGUGUUGUGCUAUAGAAAUGACCACGCAGCAAAUCUGUUCUUGAAGAGAACAUUCCAGUUAGCAAAGAGAAGAUAAUGACUGAUUAACAGAAAGGAGAUAUAUUGAUAAAGUUGAAGGGUCAGAGAAUCCAAACUGGCAAUGCAUUUUUUGAUAUUUUUUCUGCAUUCUAAAACUUAUGGUGUACUAUGGGGAGGGACCGGGUUGGGGAGGGGGAGGGAGCAGAUUUGUAUUUGGAAGCAUAUACGCUUUGAAAUGGAGAGAAGAAAAAAAAAAGCAGUCACGAGGGCAAUGUUUGUUUGCAUCAUCGAUGAAAAGAUGAAAACAAAAUUUGACUAAACUGACGUAAUCUUCAGUAAUAUGUUUAUUUCCAAAUUAUCCAGUAUGUUAAUCUU